UAACUACAUUGAUUGUGUUUGUAUAAAAGCUUCUCAGUUUAAUGUAAUAAAAAUUGUCUAUUUUAUUUUCUGACAUCUUUACUAUCCUUGGUUUGGCCAUGAGAUUUUCCUCUUAAUCAUAGUUUUAAAAGUUAUCUCCUUUCUUGCUCCAGUUUUUUAAUGAUAUGAUCUUUUAUAUCUAGGAUAUGUGUUGUUCUGGCAUUUAUUUUGGUAUUUGGUAUUAGUUUGGUUUUUUUUUUUUUUCUAUAACUAGGCAAGACAUUAUACUGGAAGUUGGAAACAGAAACCUAAAAUGCUGAAAUACUGAAUAAGAAUUUGCUGAAUGUAUGCUAGUUUUAUUUCCAAGAAGAAACUGUGUCCCAAGGACUUAUCAUUCUCAUGUUUCUUCCUUAUUUCUUGGCACAGGACUGAACAGACUCUAAAUCCCCAUAAAUACUUCAUAAUUUAUUCAGAAAAGAAUGGUUUAUGGAAAAGGGUUUCCUCUGCUUUAAGAUCUGCAACCAGUAGGUUGAUUGAACCUAACAAGCUUCAUAAGAACCAUCUGUGGCUACCCUGCCCCAUGAUAAAAGGAAAAUGAAGUAGGGGUGAGCAUAGAGGCAGUGUAGCUGAGGAAGCUGGGGCAGAAACACAGGGCAGAAUGGAAUGACUAGGGGUUUAAGGAAGACCAGAAGGCUGGGACUUCAAAGCCUAAGGUGCCUUUAAAACUCCCUCCUCAAGCAUCAUGCCUUUAACCAGAGUCAGAAGUAAGACUGAAAAGUCCUUGGCCCUGCUCUGGGGUUGUGAGUUGAACUGGGGUAAUCGCUCAUAUACCUUUGACCCCUUGGAAGAUGGGAAUGGUGAUCAUAAAUUGAUUCUGCACCUGAUCUGCCUAGGAGAGAAGAGCAAUGAUGAUGUGACCAUAGUGGAGAUCAUAUCACCUCCUAAUGAGGAUGGCAAACAGAGACCACCAGUUCCCAUUGCCACAUUGAAGCCCUCAGUCCUGCCCAUGGUCAACAUUUCAGGAAUGGAACUCACUCCCCCCAUUACUUUCCACCUUCGGUGUGGCUCAGGGCCAGUCUAUAUCAGUGGCCAUGAUCUUACUGUAAAUUUAGACCAGUCCUGGAAGGAAGUAGAAGGGAAUGAGGAAGACACAGAAGUGGUAGAGGACGAAGAGGACGACGAAGAAGAAAAUGAUAAUGAUGAUGAUGAUGAUAAUGAUGAUAAUGAUGAAGAGGAGGAGGAGGAGGAGGAAGAGGAAGAAGAAGAAGAGGAAGAGGAAGAUUCUAAUGAGAUAGCCCUGGAUGAGAUUUCUCCACUUAAGCCAGGCAAACGACAAGCCUCUGACAGGCAGACUGGUGUUGCAAAGAAAAAGAAGCUGGAUGAAAAGGAGAGAGCCUCAUCCCUGAGGAGCCCUGAAAUGAAGGCCAAAGACAAGAAGGCAAGGACAAAAUCCAAGAAAUAAAGGCAAUCUCAGAAGGGGGAGUAAAGGAUCAAGAAACAGAACAGGAACAUGGCGGAAAAUGAUCACCAUUUAAAAGAUGGUUUUUUUCUGCAACUCUGGCUUCUUGGGCGACUUUCCCCUGUCCACCCCAUCACCCCACCUGGCUGGUCACAGCCUUGGCCCUUCCCACCUCCAACUACAUGCAGUUGACUGGACCUCCAGCAGAGGUCACGCCUGUGCUGCUAAUGCAAGCAGUCCUUCCAGGUCAGCCCUGCUCCCAAUUCUGAGCAAUGCCUUGGGACCACUUUUCCUCAACCCGGAGCCAUCUCUGGCAGAACAGCGGACACAUCUCAAGGUCUUCCUCCCUUUGUCUGGGAGUUCUCAUCUAAAGGAGGCCUCUUGUUGGGGUUUUUGUCUUUUUCAUAAAUUCUUCUGUCUCCUA